GGGAAGUGUGAGAUACAGAGAGACAGAGAGAGCCCCAAAAAGGAAAAAAAAUGGCGGCAGAGACAGUGAGAGUGUCAGCUUCGUCGGUGUGCAAUUUCAGUAUCAAUGGGUCUCAGAGAAGGCCUGCCAUCCCUCUCUCCCCAGCUCGCUUUCUGGGUCUUCGUCCUCGACGACCACACUCUUCUUCUUCUUCCGAGUUCCUUGGCUCUGGGCGCCUCAGCUCAGUAUCUUCCAAGCGCUCCACUUCUCAGAGCAGAGGAAAUUUCUCUGUCUUCGCCAUGGCCUCUGACGAGACAAAGCGAACAGUACCAUUGAAGGAUUAUCGCAAUAUUGGAAUUAUGGCUCACAUAGAUGCAGGAAAAACUACUACUACUGAACGGGUUCUUUACUAUACAGGAAGAAACUAUAAAAUAGGGGAGGUACAUGAAGGGACGGCUACAAUGGAUUGGAUGGAGCAAGAACAAGAAAGAGGGAUUACCAUAACAUCUGCUGCAACUACCACAUUUUGGAACAAACACCGGAUUAACAUUAUUGAUACUCCUGGCCAUGUCGACUUCACCCUUGAAGUGGAGCGGGCUCUCAGGGUAUUGGAUGGCACUAUAUGCUUGUUUGAUAGCGUUGCUGGUGUGGAACCACAAUCUGAAACUGUGUGGAGACAAGCUGAUAGAUAUGGGGUACCAAGAAUAUGCUUUGUCAAUAAGAUGGAUCGACUUGGAGCAAACUUUUUCCGGACAAGAGACAUGAUAGUGACAAAUUUGGGUGCUAAACCUCUGGUGAUUCAAAUACCAAUUGGUUCUGAAGAUAAUUUUAAGGGAGUUGUUGAUCUUGUGAAGAUGAAAGCUAUAAUUUGGUCAGGGGAAGAGUUGGGUGCUAAAUUUGUGUAUGAGAAUAUUCCAGCAGAUCUUCAGGAGCUGGCACAAGAGUAUCGGUCACAGAUGAUAGAAACCGUAGUUGAGUUAGAUGAUCAAGCUAUGGAGAGCUACCUAGAAGGAGUUGAGCCUGAUGAGGAAACCAUUAAGAAAUUAAUAAGGAAAGGAACCAUCUCGCUCAGUUUUGUCCCAGUAUUAUGUGGCUCAGCUUUUAAAAAUAAGGGAGUUCAACCAUUGCUUGACGCUGUGGUUGAUUAUUUGCCUUCUCCACUUGACGUGCCAGCAAUGAAGGGGACUGACCCAGAAAACCCAGAAGUGACAAUUGAAAGGCCUGCAAGUGAUGAUGAACCAUUUUCCGGACUUGCUUUCAAGAUCAUGAGCGAUUCAUUUGUGGGAUCCCUUACAUUUGUGAGAGUGUAUUCAGGGAGGCUGACGGCAGGGUCCUAUGUACUAAAUGCAAACAAAGGAAAAAAAGAGAGGAUUGGUAGACUUCUAGAAAUGCAUGCAAACAGUAGAGAGGACGUUAAGGUAGCUUUAACGGGUGACAUAAUUGCUCUUGCUGGUCUAAAAGAUACCAUUACAGGUGAAACAUUGUGUGAUCCUGAGAACCCCAUUGUGCUUGAACGGAUGGACUUCCCUGAUCCUGUGAUUAAGGUUGCGAUUGAACCCAAAACUAAAGCUGAUAUUGAUAAGAUGGCAACAGGAUUGAUCAAACUUGCUCAAGAAGACCCUUCUUUCCACUUCUCACGGGAUGAAGAGAUCAACCAGACUGUAAUUGAAGGAAUGGGGGAAUUGCACCUUGAGAUCAUUGUGGAUCGGCUCAAGAGGGAGUAUAAGGUGGAAGCUAACGUUGGUGCUCCCCAAGUAAACUACCGAGAAAGCAUUUCUAGAGUCUCUGAAGUGAAGUAUAUUCACAAGAAACAGUCCGGUGGACAAGGUCAGUUUGCUGACAUAACUGUAAGGUUUGAACCUAUGGAACCAGGUAGUGGAUAUGAAUUCAAGAGUGAAAUCAAGGGAGGUGCAGUGCCCAGAGAAUACAUUCCGGGAGUGAUGAAAGGAUUGGAGGAGUGUAUGAGUAAUGGUGUGCUUGCAGGCUUUCCUGUAGUUGAUGUACGUGCUGCCCUAGUAGAUGGUUCUUACCAUGAUGUCGAUUCAAGUGUCCUGGCAUUCCAGCUGGCAGCCAGAGGAGCUUUUCGUGAAGGGAUGAGGAAGGCUGGCCCAAAGAUGCUUGAACCUAUAAUGAAAGUUGAAGUUGUCACGCCUGAAGAACAUUUAGGGGAUGUGAUUGGUGAUCUAAACUCAAGGAGAGGUCAGAUCAACAGCUUUAGUGACAAACCUGGUGGUCUCAAGGUGGUCGAUGCGCUGGUCCCUCUGGCAGAGAUGUUCCAAUACGUUAGCACACUCCGAGGCAUGACAAAAGGUCGUGCAUCCUACACCAUGCAAUUAGCCAAGUUUGAUGUUGUCCCUCAAUACAUCCAGGAUCAGCUUGUUGCCAAGGAGCAAGUUGCUGCUUAAUUUAUUAUCUCUCUUCAAGAACAGGGAGCAGUAUAUUUUUGGCAAUCUAACGUUUAGAAUGUCCACUUCCUUUUUUUCUUUAUUUUUCCUCUUUCCCUAUACUUUCCCCUGUACCAUUUCAUAAAUCAAUCUUUAGUGAACUUUACCCAGAAAUGAAAAAGAAACGGAGGCUGUGAUGAAAACAUUUUGCGACAUUAUAAUUGAGUAGAUAUGCUUAGAAGGAAAAUUGUUGCUAA